CCUCUCUCCCUCCCUCCCGGCGGGCCGCACGUGUCCUUCCUUUCCCUUUUGUUUUCCGCCUGCAGGCCGGCUGCGCGCCCGGGACGCGCCCGCUCCCCCCGGCACCGGGACCCGCCGGAGCUGCCCCCGGCCCUCGGCAGCAGCCGGGAAGCCGCGGCAGUGACGGAGCUGCGAGUCCGGGCUGCGCAGGAAACUUUGCCGCUUCUCUCCGCGCUCCCCACAUGCGAGUGGACAACGUGAAGCCGGCUGCUGCUCUUCCUGCCGCUCCCAUUCCUGCCCCUGCCGCUCCUGCGGCUGCCGGCGGGCCAGCGCUGCCCCCGGCUCCGGCUGCUGCACCUGUGCCCGGCCCCGGAGCUGCGCCGCGGCUUCUCCUCGCCAUGUGGGACUAGGAGGGGUCCGGCGUUCUCCUCGGUGAACAUGGAUGCGGCGGGCAGGGCCGGUGGAGGGGAGCAGAGCCAUCCCGGCAGCGGCGGGGACGCCCCCGGGGACACGUCCAUGGACCGCUACCUGCGAUCUCAGGGCUUGUACAGGAAGAAAGUGGCCAAGGAUGGGUCCUGCCUUUUCAGGGCUGUGGCCGAGCAGGUGUUGCACUCUCAGUCUCGGCACAUUGAUGUUAGGAUGGCUUGUGUAGACUAUCUUCGGAAACAUAGGGAGAAAUUUGAAGCAUUCAUAGAGGGGCCAUUUGAAGAUUAUUUAAAAAGUUUGGAAAAUCCACAGGAAUGGGUUGGACAAGUAGAAAUAAGUGCCCUUUCUCUUAUGUACAAGAAAGAUUUCAUAAUAUACCAGGAGCCGAAUGCUUCUCCUUCACGUGUAACUGAAAAUGGUUUUUCUGAUAAGGUAUUGCUGUGCUUCUCAAAUGGAAACCACUAUGAUAUUGUGUAUCCCAUAGAGUAUGCAGAGAAGGCUGCUCUGUGCCAGUCUCUGCUGUAUGAGUUGCUCUAUGAGAAAGUUUUUGAUAUGGAUGUAAAGAAAAUCAUGGCAGAACUUAGCGCUGUUGGUGUGACAGAAGAAAGUAAUGGGAGCAGUGAAGUGUCUGCUUCGGAUUCGGAAGAUGACAACUACAGAAGUAAAGCUACAACAGUUAGUGAUAUGAAUGGAAUGAAGUCUCUUUCUGGCAACAAGCACCUUGAGAGCAAUGGGAAUCCCACCUCAUUGGUGUUGCCUAAAAAGGUUCUGAAAUCACUUGAUCCCUUGGUUUACAGAAACGUUGAAUACGAUGUUUGGCUCCGAUCCAAAUGGGAUCAGCAAAAACAAGAUUUCUCUAUUGCUGCUGGCAUGCAAUACUCCAUUGGAGAUAAAUGUAAAGUGCGCUUAGACCAUAAUGGGAAAUUUUAUAAUGCCCAUAUUCAAGAAGUUUUUUCACAGAAUGGGCCAGUUGUUGUAUUUGUAGAAGAGCUUGGAGCAAAGCAUGCUGUCUCACUGAAGAGCCUUAAACCUCUUCCACAGACCUCUCCUAUGGAGGGCUGGAACACUGUGCCAGGGAAGAAGAUAAAAAAGUUUUACCCAACAUGGGGGCAGAAUGCUCAGCCUGAUGCAGAGUGCAGAGGGCCAAAGAAUCAGAGCAAGUCAAUCAAACCCCAGUCAGCACUACCUCCUCGACUUCAGCAUACUGUGGGAACCAGGCAGCAUCAGUUCUUGUGUUCUGGGCCCCAACCUCAUCAGACCUCAACUGAGCAAAAAGCUCCCGUCAGGAAUCCUUCCCAGUCUGCAAGGAAAGUGGAGCGUGAGCGAAGUGAGGAGCUGAGCCAUGGCAGCAGGGACUGUAACUACUUUGGGCUGUCUCCAGAGGAGCGCAGGGAGAAGCAGGCCAUAGAGGAGUCCCGUUCCCUUUAUGAGAUCCAGCAGCGGGAUGAACAAGCUUUUCCUGCUCUUUGCAAUAAUCAGUCAGUCUGUCAGGCUGCUACACAGACUGUGGAUAAUGUAAACCAGAAAAAGUUCUCGAAUAGUGAAAGAAGAAACAGCAAGUGGACAGCAGAGGUGGAAGAGCAGAAGGAGAAAGAGUCAAAUUCCAGGCAGAUCCACUUAAGUCAGAAGCUUGAGCCAAAUUCAUCUGAGAAGAAUAGUCAAGAUGAGAGUUAUCCAAAAGCUUCAUCUCCUUUGGAACAAGUAAAAACAGAUUCUCCGAUUCUUGCUGAGCAAGUAAGAAAUGUUUGUUUGAUUUCAAAGUUUUCCAGUCAGGACACUUCAGACAAAGGGGAGCUUCAUCACAGCCACAACCUGACGGAGUGCUUGACGACCAUAACUCCAACGCCCUCUCCAGUCUUCUCUGAGGUGCAUUUACCUCCAGCAGUGCCUUCUGUACCAGCCAUUGUGCCAGCUUGGCCAAGUGAGCCAGCAACAUAUGGACCAGCAGGUAUUCCAACCCAAAUACCUGCUUCUUCACUGAUGCCAGGACCAGCAACGGGACCUGACUCUAUUGUAUCACAGGCUCAGGUAACAUCUGCUUCAGUUGCUGGAGUUCCUGUGUGGCUACAAGCAGUUAACCAGCCUUUAAUGCCUUUGCCUCAGACUCUGAAUCCCUAUCAGGAUCCGCUAUACCCUGGAUUCCCUUUUAAUGAAAAGGGAGAAAGAGCCGUUGCACCUCCUUACUCCCUGUGCAGUACUGGGGAAGACUUACCUAAAGAUAAGAACAUCCUUAGAUUUUUCUUCAAUCUUGGUGUGAAGGCAUACAGUUGUCCCAUGUGGGCACCCCAUUCUUACCUGUACCCCCUGCACCAGGCCUAUUUAGCUGCUUGUAGAAUGUACCCAAAUGUGUCCCUUCCUGUGUAUCCGCACAACCCCUGGUUCCAGGAGGCUGCUCCCACUCAGAACGAAAACGAAACCGCUCGACCAAACAGGCACUUUGCUGUCCAGACCGAGGCCAGGUCCAAUGGUCAGAUUCCACAGGUUGACAGAUCUCCAUCACUGCCUCUGAUCAUACCUUCAGCUCAGGUGACAGAAAGUCAAGGACAGGUCUGUGUUGAACCAGAGAAUCCAGCGCAAGCUCUUCAUGCGAACUACGAGGAGUCCCUGAGAGGGAAGAAUAUGUUCCCACAGCCGCCCUUUGGACACAAUCACUUUCUAGGAGCUGUUCCAAUAGCACCUCCUUUUUUUCCUCACUUCUGGUAUGGGUACCCAGUUCAGGGUUUCAUUGAGAAUUCAGUAGCAAGACCUAAUGUUGUCUUGUCACCUGAGGAUAAAGAGGCAGCAGUUGGCACCUCUGCCAGCAUGUACGUGGGCAAAGAAUGCAGCCCUCCAGUUCCUGGAGUGAACUGUGCAGAGCAGCUCCAGAAGAGCAACACUGGCAGCGGCUCCAACACCGUCCCAUUCCCAGUGGCUGCUGCAGGGACUCCGAAAGAUGCUUCAGCCAGGGCACCUCAGCUGGAGCAAACCUGUCCAUCGGCUGCUUCUAAGCAGAAAGCAGAUGGGCAGCAGAAUCGCCCUCCGCAGACACAGGGCCCAGAGAGGCCAACGGCAGGGCCCAGCACGCAGCCACUGCUGGCAGAACCUCCCAAAACCGAACUGAAACCUGGCACUCCUGGUCGGAAGGAGAAGCCUGCUAAAGGGAGAGAAUCCAAGGGUGCUGGGAACGUGCAGACGGAAAGCAGGGUCCAGAGAACGAGGGAAGAGAGCUCUGAAGAUGACACUGAGGUUUCCGACAUGUUGAGGAGUGGCAGAUCCAAGCAGUUCUAUAACCAGACUUAUGGAGGAGGCAGAAGGCCCAGACCUGACAGAGGUUAUUCCAGCAGGGGAGGAUACCAGUUCCAAAGAAAUGAGGACGCCUGGAAAGGACCACCCAGCAGAAGCAGAGAUGACGGCUACCAGUAUCAGAGAAACUUUAGAGGGCAGCCAUAUAGAAACGACAGGAGAAGGGCAACACUGGGAGAUAAUCAGAGGGGGCAGCAAGCAUAAAAUGAGUGGAUAAUUGGAAAAUUUAAGAAGCAAAAAGUAAUUUGAAGUAGCAGUUUAAAAUCUUAAUUUCUUUUUAGUGAAGUUCAAUGAUACGUUUAAUUUUUGGCUAAUCUGUGGCAAGUAAAGACUAGGAGGAUGUCAAGUCCUACAUAGGUUUUUUGGGGGGAUUCUAGAGUUUGUUUGGCUUAGCAGUUUUUCUUCAAUGUCAAAUUAGGAAAAAAAAAUAGGUUUAGUAUUGGGUUAUUUUUUUUCCCCAAAAGGUUUGCGUUUGUGAUAGAGGAUGGGUAUGUGCGUUUACUAGAGUGACAAAUGACAGCAUUUGAUGUGAUCUAGAUUCUAAAAUUGACAGUAACAUUGCACCAAAUAUAAAUGUAUAUUUUAUCAUUCAAUGCCUUAGUUCUGAACUGAGCUAAAGGAAUUCUCAGCCUACUGCACUGUUGUCUCUGAUAUGCUUCCAACCCAAAGGCCUUUCAUCUCAAAAAGAAAAAAUAUCUGUCAAACUUGAAUGUUUCUCUUGUGUGUUACACGUAUGGCAGCCAGCUAACCCUGUGUCUUAGGUAUGUUGUAUAUAGUUCUUUUCAUAAUCAUAGGGUAUAUUUUUGAAUUUUAAAAAGCAUUUAUUUGUUGAAAUCAAAAUCAAGACAAGCAGUCAAGAAUACCUGUGUAUGAACUGAUAAGAAUGGCUGUUUCCACCAUGAAUUCUUCUUAAUGCUGGUGUGACUAGAAUGGUGCCUAUGCCAACUGAAUAAUUACAAAGACAAUAAAAAUGUAGAUGCUAUGCAUUUCCAAAAUAAUUCUGCAUCUGUUAUAAUAGCAGAAAUUUUUUUAAUGCCACUUUAACACUAAUGCACUGACAAAUCCUAGAUAUUUUGUGAGGAGAUGCAUAAAGUACGUGUUACGUUUUUUUAAGUUUGUACGAUUGAGCUACUGUUCAGUAUUCCUUUGUUGUUGCACUGUUGAUGUUUUGCAUGUACAACUCCUUGCUGGAACUACUUUUAAAAGCAAGAAUGGAGAGUCUCAGUGUGCUCUGCUCUUCCCUACAAUUCAGAAGAAAGUGGCUUCUGCCUUAUAUUUUUACACUGUGUCAGAGUUCUGAUGCUGUUUCUUCUGAGCCCGGUUACGAUCUCCAGUGUUCCUGUUGCCUUUGCAGUCUGGAUGUUCAGCUGUCCAGGCUCGGAGAGUGCAGUGUGCACAGUAUUCACUCAGCUCUGUUGCUCUGUAAAAUUGAACUGUUGUGUAUAUUUUUAUAUCUCUGUAUACAGUAGUGUAGGUGAUGGUACCCAUUCAUUGUGUCUGAGAUUGUACACCCUUGGUGCAGAAACCAGAGUGAUAGUUACAUGAUAAAGAGUUUGUUUUCAGAUGCAUGCUAUGUAUAAAACCCUAAUUAAAAUAAAUGUUUUGUCUUUUCACUUGCUUUCUAAAUUAUAUUCAUGUAUUUAAACCUUUUGCAAUGGCAUUCAAUGAAGUGUUGUUACAGAGCAGGUGUAGUAAGCAGCAGAACGAUGAAUAGGAUCUGGCAAGCAGCGAACAAAAAGAAGCCAUAAACUUAAUUUGGAGUUCUUGUUUGUAGGGGUAGGGGUCAUGCUGGAAGCUUUUUGGUUUUUCUUUUUAAAAUCUAAAUACUUUUUCAUUCAGAAAUGUAUUCAGGAUUUCAAAAGAGGCAAUCUUCACGUUUUCAGGUAGAGAACAAGCUCUGAGGGAUUUAACUGUUGUUACCAUUGUGAUUCUCUGUUUAUUUCAGCUCCGUUCAAAAAUGUAAAGAGGGCUGCUUGUUGAGUUUACUGAUGCAUUUUAAACUCUCAACUCCAGCUUUUGUAGACAACCGAAAUUUGUGCAGCAGUCACUGAUCUAAUCAUCCUCUCCUAAAGCAGGUAGUUCAUCACACGCUUUGUUGCAAGAAUGAAGGUGGUAACGCUUCCUGCAGAAAUUUAUGGGGAAACGCUGGGGAAGAGAGGCAUGGCAGUAACUGGGAGGGAUGUGCUUUUAGAAUUUGCUUUCAAAAGCCAGCUUCUUUCAGCUGGGCCUACACGGCCUUGCUACUCUAGGACAGUGAAGAACUGGAAGGUGCAGAUAGAAUUUCUCCAAUGCUGAUCAAGUAAGUCUGGUUUCCUCUCUUGCUGAAGUAGACUGACUGGCCCAACCUCUGGCCUGGGGCAAGAUGUUUUAGAUUGCAGGAUUAUCCUGUUAACAUAUGUAAGAUUUAGUAUGUAAUGAGCUGUGAUACACAGCUGAACCACAUCUUUACCUUAUCCUUAUUACAACUGAUAGAGAAGAUCACACAACAUCAGUCCAAAGGGAGUUAAGCUGUACAGAGGAGAACAAGUUUAGUCAGCUUUUUGAAGUUUCUGUCUGAUCAGGGUGGUUGUGUAAGGAUGUAUUCAAUACUUCUGCUUCUUUAGGGAAAGCACUGUACUCUGCAGCUGUGGUACAGGUGCACUGCUGUUACAAGACAGAGGGAGGCAGUUUGUAUAUACAGUACUCAGUACUGCCAGAGUUCUGAAAUAACCAUGAUACUAACACACAGAAUGGCAAAUCACAGAAAAUCCCAACUUCUUUCUGUAGCUUCUGGGGCAAAAAUGUAAACAAGGGACAAAGCCAUGUUUUGUCAUGGUGUUUUUCACAUGCCAGUAAAGGCAGACAAAUGUUUAAUGAAAAAUACCCUUCCUUUUAAGAUACAUAGCUGAAAGUUGUUUUUGUGUCUGUUUAAGUAAGCAGGAACUUUUAAACCUUCCUUUAAAUGAUUCCCUGAAGGACUUUCAUGUAUAUGGAAGUAAGUUUUUAACAAGGUUUUUUAAGUUAAUUUCUUUUUUUUCAUAGUAAGGAUCAAUACUUUUACUUUAGGGAAAAGUAACUUCUGCAUCUUAGCCGUAUAUUUCUUUUAGAUUAUUUCACUGAUUAUUUUCAUCUCACUAGGUCUAAGAACAUGCACAGGGACAGAUGAUUAAAAAAAGGUGUAGCUACCUUCUUUUACACUCUUUGUACUGCAUCUUCUAUGUGUGCUACAAUGUGAGAAAAGGGUGUGUGAGAUUAUAUAAAUAUACAUGCUUCUGAAAAAAGUAAUUGAAGAAAUUCUGCAGUGUCACAGAAGAGUUGUAAGUUAGGUGGAUAUUUUAUUUUUGAAACCCUCAGCCAGAGAGAUUUAACCUUUUUAAAAGGAGUCACUCCUGUAGCGUAACAUUCUUAGUAAACUUUCCUCUUAUACAGAAAACAGCUUCAAAGAUUUAUUUUAAAAUGAGGAAGUUCAGUCAGUACUUGGUACAUGAGUAGGAUAUAUUGAAUUGAAAACCUCCCUUAAAUUUUGAAAAAUCAGAAGACCCAUUUGCACAAUUUCAAGGUGGUCUAUUUUGAAAUUAUUACACUGAAAAUAGGGCUGUGUCACCAAAA